CCCGCGCCGCCCUCGGGCCCGCGCGUCGGCGAUUUCGCCGCGCUGCAUUCUGGGGCCGGCAGUUUUCCUGCGCUCAUGGGCUCUGGGUGCCGCCGCGCAUUGCUGAACCGGUCUCUUGGCGGUGGUUUCUUUGUGACCGGGCCCUGCAGGAAGGACGGUCAUUCCGUGUUUAGGUGAAUGGUCUGUUAGUCCCGGCGUCCAGGCGAAAUUGAGGCCUAGAGACGUUGAAUGAUUUGCUGGGGGCCACACGGAAUCGCAUCCCAGGGGUUCCUGUGGAGAACAGCAUCAUGUCCCAACGCCAAGGGCUGGCAUCACUUAUCUGGAGUGGCUGAGACCACACAGCCUGCAUUUCAGCCAACCUCUGUGCCCUCCCGAGAACAGGCCAAUAUGCCCAAGAUAACCCUGAACGGUGUGACAGUGGAUUUCCCUUUCCAGCCAUACAAAUGCCAGGAGGAGUACAUGACCAAGGUUCUGGAGUGUCUGCAGAAGAAAGUGAACGGCAUCCUGGAGAGCCCCACGGGUACAGGGAAGACCCUGUGCCUGCUGUGUGCCACGCUGGCCUGGCAGGAGCACCUCCGCGAUGCCAUCUCUGCCCACAAAAUCGCUGAGAGGGUGCCAGGGGAGCUCUUCCUCCAUCGCCCCUUAUCGUCCUGGGGGAAUGCUGCUUCAGAUGGAGACGCCACAGCCUGCUCCAUGGACAUCCCAAAGGUCAUUUAUGCCUCCAGGACCCACUCGCAGCUCACGCAGGCCAUCAGCGAGCUUCGGAACACCUCCUACCGGCCCAGGGUGUGCGUGCUGGGCUCCCGGGAGCAGCUGUGCAUCCACCCCGAGGUGAAGAAGCAAGAGAGUAACCACCUGCAGAUCCACCUGUGCCGCAAGAAGGUGGCGAGCCACUCCUGUCAUUUCUACAACAAUGUUGAAGAGAAGAGCCUGGAGCAGGAGCUGGCCACCCCCAUCAUGGACAUCGAGGACCUGGUCAGGAGUGGGAACAGGCACAAGCUGUGCCCGUAUUACCUUUCCCGGAAGCUGAGGCAGCAGGCUGACAUCGUCUUCAUGCCGUACAACUACCUGCUGGACGCCAAGAGUCGCCGGGCACACAACAUCGAGCUGAAGGGGACGGUGGUGAUCUUUGAUGAAGCUCACAACGUGGAGAAGAUGUGCGAGGAGUCGGCGUCCUUUGACCUGACCCCGCACGACGUGGCUUCCGGACUGGACGCUGUGGACCACGUUCUGGAGGAGCAGGCCAAGGCGGCCCAGCAGGGCGAGCCCGGCCCGGCGUUUGGCGCCGACGCCAGCUCAGUGCUGAACAUGGAGCUGGAAGACAUCGCGAAGCUGAAGAUGAUCCUGCUUCGCCUGGAGGAGGCCAUUGAUGCUGUUGAGCUGCCCGGAGAUGACAGAGGUGUCACCAAGCCGGGGAGCUUUAUCUUUGAGCUGUUUGCUGAGGCCCAGAUCACGUCUCAGACCAAGAGCUGCAUCCUGGACUCUCUGGACCAGGUCAUUCAGCACCUGGCAGGACGUGCAGGGCUGCUCACCAGCACGGUGGGGCUGCAGAAGCUCUCGGACAUCAUCCAGAUCGUGUUCAACGCGGAUCCUGCUGAUGGUGGCCCUGGUCCCAUGGUGGGGCCUGGGGUCUCUCAGUCCUACAAGGUGCACAUUCACCCCGACGCCAGUCACCGGAGGACAGCUCGGCGGUCAGACGCCUGGGGCAGCACAGCAGCCAGAAGGCAAGGGAAGGUGCUCAGUUACUGGUGCUUCAGCCCCGGGCACAGCAUGCGUGAGCUGGCCCGUCAGGGCGUCCGUUCCCUCAUCCUCACCAGCGGGACGCUGGCCCCCGUGUCCUCGCUCGCCCUGGAGAUGCAGAUCCCUUUCCCAGUCUGCCUGGAAAACCCACAUGUCAUCGACAAGCACCAGAUCUGGGUGGGAAUCGUCCCCAAAGGCCCUGACCAAGUCCAGCUGAGCUCCGCCUAUGACAAACGGUUCUCUGACGACUGCUUAUCCUCCUUGGGGAAGGCGCUAGGCAACAUCGCCCGCGUCGUCCCCCAUGGGCUCCUGGUCUUCUUCCCCUCGUACCCCGUCAUGGAGAAAAGCCUGGAAUUCUGGCGGGCCCGUGACUUUGCCCAGAAGCUGGAGGCCCUGAAACCUGUGUUUGUGGAGCCCAGGAGCAAGGCUGGCUUCUCAGAGGUGAUGGGUGCUUACUAUGCGAGCAUUGCCUCUCCUGCAUCCCGUGGGGCCGCCUUCUUGGCUGUGUGCCGGGGAAAGGCCAGUGAGGGGCUGGACUUCGCAGACGUGAACGGCCGAGGGGUGGUCGUCACGGGCCUCCCGUACCCUCCACGCAAGGACCCCCGGGUGGUCCUGAAGAUGCAGUUCCUGGAUGAGAUGAAGGGCCAGAGCAGGGCUGGCGGCCAGGUCCUGUCCGGGCAAGACUGGUACCGGCAGCAGGCGUCCAGGGCUGUGAACCAGGCCAUUGGGCGGGUCAUCCGGCAUCGCCAUGACUACGGCGCCAUCUUCCUCUGUGACCACAGGUUCACCUUUGCAGACGCCAGAGCCCAGCUGCCCUCCUGGGUACGCCCCCACGUCAAGGUGUACGAUCACUUCGGCCACAUCAUCCGAGACGUGGCCCAGUUCUUCCGUGUCGCCCAGAAAACAAUGCCGGUGCCGACCCCCCUGGCUGCUGCCCCGAGCCUGGGCCAGGGAGAAGCUGCUGUCACGGCCAUGUCGCCCGGGCCCCUCUCCACCAGGAAAGCCAAGAGUCUGGACGUGCACGUCCCCAGCCUGAGGCAGACACCCACAGGUGGGCCCCACACCCAUGCUCCCACAGGGCUGCCAGCCGCCCAGGACUCCGAGGACGCCGAGGGCAGCCUGUGUGUGGUGUAUGAGCAGGACCCCACCCACGCCCAGCGGAGGCCCGUGGGGCUGCUGGCUGCCCUGGAACACAGCGAGCAGCUGGCUGGGGGGCCUGGGGACGAGGCCCCGCCCAGGGAGGAAGAGGUGCGGGCACAGUGCUGCUCCACCUCAUCCCUCCCGAGAGAGAAGAGGUCUGGGGACGAGCAGAGAGGAGGGAGGAGGAAGAUCAGACUGGUCAGCAAUCAGGAGGGGCCGGCGGCCGGAGCCCAGGCGGGCAGGGCCAGGCUGUUCAUGGUGGCCGUGAAGCAGGCGCUGAGCCAGGCCAGCUUCGCCGUCUUCACCCAGACCCUGCGGGACUACAAGGGCUCCGACGACUUCCAGGCCCUGGCAGACCGCCUCGGCCCGCUCUUUGCUGAGGACUCCAGGAAGCACAAGCUGCUCCAAGGCUUCUACCAGUUCGUGCGGCCCCACCACAAGGAGCGGUUUGAGCAGCUCUGCCUGCAGCUGACGGGCCAGGGCUGCGGUAACCUGCCCAAGCACAGCCUUCCCCCUGGGCAGUGGGCACGACCGGCCUUGGAGCCCAGUGGAAGGAGGCAGCCUGACUCCAAGCUGACCCUGUCCCAGGGUGCGGCCAGGCAGCUGGACCCUGGAGAACAUCUGAACCAGGGUGGGCCCCACCUGGCCUCCAGGCCACCACCCCAAGGAGACCCCGGCGGUUGUUGGCAAAAGGGGUCUGGAGCCGCUAGAGCAGAGGCGCGGGGCCAGCCUGCCGUGAAUGCCUACCUGGCAGAUGCCCGCCGGGCCUUGGGGUCUGCAAGCUGUAGCCAGCUCCUGGCAGCACUGACCACCUACAAACGGGACGAUGACUUCGAGAAGGUGGUGGCUGUGGUGGCGGCACUUACCACGUCGAGGCCAGAGGACUUGACCCUGCUGCAGAGCAAGGUUCAGCAUGUUUGUGCGCCCGCACCACAAGGAACGCUUCCGGCAGACAUGCGCAGACCUGACCGGCCAACCUGCCCCAGGCCCGAGCACCGAGCCGCCGGGACCCCGGGAGGGGAGCCCCACCCUGCCUCCCGACCUCGCCCUCGGGGCUCCCGGGCCAGGCCCCUCAGAGCAGGAGAGACCAGGGACGAUUCAGAGCAAAAUCUCCUCCUUCCUGACACAGCGGCCCCCCGGGGACCCCCUGGGACACACGCAGUCCCAGUGUGGCCAAUAGGAGGACGUGCCCUGCCUGCUGUGCCACCACCAGGAAGCAGAGCCUCUCCCAGAUCUUUUGGCCGGAGCCCCAGUGACUGGGGACCCUCUGAGCACUGCAGGGUCUGUGGAGGCCCAGGCUGCCCCCUCCCGGGUCCAGACUGGACAUCUGCCUGUUGGCUGGGGGCAGGCCAGGCCCAGCCCCAGCUGCCGCUUCGCCAGAGCCCAUCAUCAGGGAGGCCAGGGUCUGGGCACGCCUGGGAGAGGGGUCUGUCUGCUGGCCUGUGGGGCAGCCUCAGGGCCUUUGAAGCUGAGCCCACAACCCAGAAGGAUGGACAUUCUUGGGACCCGUGCCGGGGAAGUGGACCUGUUCUGUCAGCUGGCAGUGCUCUAAUAAAGCUGCUGGCACUACUGGGCUCUGUCUACGUGGCCUGAGCUUCGUGGUGGGGUUUGAGGGUGCCAGGGAGGUUGGAUGGGGGCGUCUGUGCAGGGUCCCCCUCCCACUGUCCCAAGAGCACUUUGUUCAAACUUGGCUCAGCCUCAGUCCACAGCUGGACAGGAAGACACGGUGACACCAGAGCAUAAAGGAGCCUGGAAUACCCCCCACUUCCAGGCUGCUGACUGCUGACUGAUCGGUCACUGG